UCUCCUUGGAUUUUUUAAAAACCCAUUUUACAGAGAGGUUGCUACUGCAGCAACACGUGUUGGUUUAGCUUUGUGUGCUUCUUCUGACGCACAAACUCAGGGCCUUUUCCAGCAGAGUUUGUUGUGAGAUCACAGGUCGGGAGGAUGACCGCUCGAGUGGAUUUCUCGUUGAUUGCUGCUUUGUUGUAUCUGUUUGGAUACUUGAGCAUCACUCAUGCUAUUCAAAGACGUAACACAGUGGAUGGUUUUUGUCCGGCGACGCUGACGUUUGUGCCGGCCCGUCGAGGAUGUUCUUCUGAUGAAGACUGCCCUGGAGGACACAAAUGCUGUCGAUUUGACUGUGGGCCUGUUUGUGUGCUGCCUGUUUUCAUGAAGCCGGGUCAGUGUCCCCUACCAGAGAUGAUUCCACUGUGUGCUGAAAGCUGUUUCCAUGAUGCCCAGUGUCCUGCCACACAGAAGUGUUGCCCAACCACCGGUGGCUUUGCAUGCAGUGAACCACGUGGUCCGGGAAGAGGUCAGAUGAGCUGUCAGGGACAUGGACCGGGUCAGGGACAAGGUCAGGGUCAGGGACAAGGUCAGGGACAGGGCCAGGGUCAGGGCAAGGGCCAGGGAAGCGGCCAGGGUCAGGGACAAGGCCAGGGAAGCGGCCAGGGACAAGGCCAGGGAAGCGGUCAGGGACAGGGCCAGGGAAGCGGUCAGGGACAGGGCCAGGGAAGCGGUCAGGGACAGGGCCAGGGAAGCGGUCAGGGACAGGGCCAGGGAAGCGGUCAGGGACAGGGCCAGGGAAGCGGUCAGGGUCAGGGACAAGGUCAGGGACAGGGCCAGGGUCAGGGCAAGGGCCAGGGAAGCGGCCAGGGUCAGGGACAGGGCCAGGGAAGCGGCCAGGGUCAGGGACAGGGCCAGGGAAGCGGCCAGGGUCAGGGACAGGGCCAGGGAAGCGGCCAGGGUCAGGGACAGGGCCAGGGAAGCGGUCAGGGUCAGGGACAGGGACAGGGUCAGGGACAGGGCCAGGGAAGCGGUCAGGGACAAGGCCAGGGAAGCGGCCGGGGACAGGGUCAGGGACAAGGCCGGGGACAGGGUCAGGGACAAGGCCAGGGAAGCGGUCGGGGACAGGGUCAGGGGCAAGGCCAGGGUCAGGGGCAAGGCCAGGGUCAGGGGCAAGGCCAGGGUCAGGGACAAGGCCAGGGAAGCGGUCGGGGACAAGGCCAGGGUCAGGGACAAGGACAGGGAAGCGGACAGGGUCAGGGACAAGGCCAGGGAAGCGGCCGGGGUCAAGGACAGGGUCAGGGACAAGGCCAGGGAAGCGGUCAGGGACAAGGCCAGGGAAGCGGUCAGGGAAGCGGUCAGGGACAAGGCCAGGGUCAGGGACAAGGCCAGGGAAGCGGUCAGGGACAGGGUCAGGGACAAGGCCAGGGGGACAAGGACAAGGCCAGGGAAGGUGCGUGA